AUGGCUGCCCGUGUGCUCAGCGGGCUCGAGACGGGCCGGCGAGUCUGCGUGCUCUGGAACGACGGGGAGGAUUGGCAGGUGAGGGUGCUGCUCACGCCCGCGACCGCGGGCGACCUCGACGAGGUGAUGGGCAUCAGCGCCAUCGACGAUCCCGAGAUCCAGAGCCGGAUCUGGUACGCUCUCAGCCCCGACGGCGACACGUACCCGCAUCUCCUCGCAGCGCCUCCUCUAGCCGGUCUGUGCCUCGCCGAUUCGACGGACCGCUUCGACCCGACCCUUGGCGAAGGCAGGCGAUGGUCCCGGCGCUCGAGGACCUACGGGGAGGACUGGGCGCCCACACCACUCGAGCUCAGCCGGGCCAUUCGCUUCGCCGUGAUGGGCGACUCCGACGGCUCAGCCCCCGCUCACCGCAUGGUUGGGAAGAAGCCGAUGACAGCGAGCGGGGUGAAGGCUCUGACAGUGGCGACGGGCUCUUCAGCCACUCGGGGUCGACCAGCGGGUACUGAGGUCGAGGUCGGGGCGGGGGUGCUCGAGAGCCCUGCCCCGAUGGUCUGGCAGGUGGUCUGCAUGUCGGACGGCGCCCUGGGCCCGCAGACUCUCGAGGACUACCGAGUCGACAGCUGGGCCACCAUCGGCGACUUCGGGGUCGCCAAGGUCGGGGGGCGGAUCUUCCUCUUCCGCGCGGUCGACAAGAAGACGGCCUCCGAGGGGGGGGCCGACCUGGACGCUAGAGUGAUGCCCGUGCUGGAGAACCACUCUGGCGAGCAGAAGCGGGUCUUCCGCGACGCGGUGAAGCUGCUGCAGGAGUCUCACUGGAGCCACAGGCCAGACAUGCACCCGAGGGCUCGCCACGUCAAGUGGAAGGCGGAGUGCCGCCUCCAGAGCGGCGACGCCGGCGUGGCGGACCACGAGCUGGCGAUGGGGAUGUUCGAGGUGGCGGUGGUGUACGACCAGCUCUUUGCCUCAGAGCUGGCCUGCUUCGAGUACCUCGCCCGGCGGGCCCAGAUGGCGGAGUGGAGACGCCGUCAUCUGGUGGCGGGCGGGGGCUCCGAGGUGGACGUGGUAGAGGGCGAGUGCCUGUGCAUGGGGGCGGCGGAGACGCGCGGGCUGCUCAUGGUGGCCCCAGAGCUGCAGCGGCACAUCACGGAGGAGCUCCACAAGGAGGCGGCCAUCCUCAAGGAGCGGCGCAAGCUGCGAGACGAGAGGGCCACCGCGCGCGGCCCUGGCGGCGGCGCCCUUGGCAGCGGCGGGGCCCCCGCCGCGUUGGAGAGCAAGAUCAAGAACCAAGCGGACGAGAUCGAGCGCCUGCAGGCGCGCCUUGGCGACUGGACGGGCGACGCGGAGCUCGACGGCGGCAGCGGCGGCGGCCGCGGGCGCCGGCAGGCCGAGUGCGCCCGCGACUGGGAGUGUGAGGUCCACGAGGCGCUGAACGGCCUCUACUCACAUGGCGCGCCAAAGGGCGACCAGCUUUUGUCAAGUGCGCAGGGGGCCGGGGUGCAGCACGUGAAGGACGUGAUCUCCUCCGUCGGCCCGCCCUGCAUCGCCCCCGCGGCAGCCUUCGCUGAGCUGUGCGGGCACGCUCCCGGCUGCGCUCAGACGCCGGAGAUUCGUGCGCCCUUCCAGCGGGACCUCGUCUCGCUCCCCCGCGGGGGCCACGCCCUCUGCGACGGCUUAUCGCUCCUGGAGGGUGUUGCACGUGAUGAAUUGGUUGGUUGGAAGGGCCGGCUGAUGCGCCCGGUUUCAGACAUGCAGGGGGGGCGGGUCAAGCCUUGCAAUGAUCCGAAGUUCGUCCGAUCGCAGUCCUCCCUGGUUUCUUUUUUGCUCGACCUCUACGACUCUAACUUGCUCUACUUCGGGCUGGGGCAGUCGGCCACAGUUGGGGUGUUCUUCGUGCUGAAGUCCGACAAAGUUCGGCAGCGCCUGAUAUUCGACACCAGGGCGGUGAAUCAAGAGUUCGCCGGCCCGGGUUACACGCAGCUCCCCACCGCGGGGGCCUGGAACGGCCUCACGCUGAAGCCAGACGACAAGCUCUUCCUGUCCCAGGUCGACAUCGACAACGCGUUCUACAGGAUCCUGCUGCCGCCCAGGCUGAGCCGGCGCUUCGUCUUGCCGGCGGUCAGCCGGCGGGCCCUGCUGGCGGCGCGCCCGGGGCUCGUGCUCCCGGAGGGGGGCAAGAUCUCGGGCUUCCUCCGCGUGCUGCCGAUGGGGUGGACGUGGGGCCUGUACUUCUGCCAGUCCAUGGUGGAGACCGCCGUGCGGUGGUCGGGGUUCCCCGACAGCCGCCUCGUGAGGGAUCGCCACACCACUCCAGACGUCCGCUCUGGGGAGGUUGCCGCCGUGUGCGUCGACGGCGUGGCGAUCCUCGGCGCGGACUCCAGCAUGGUCGACCAGCGCUGCCGGGACGUGACGCGCUGCCUGCAGGACCACGGGCUGAUCUGCAAGGGCGUGGAGCGCUCGGGGGGCUUGCAGAAGUUCACGGGCCUCCACUUCGACGUGGAGACGGGCGAGAUCUCCCUGGGCCGCGAGCGGCUCUGGCGGCUCCGGCUCGGACUGGUGUGCGCGGCCGACCAGCGGCGCAUCGCUGGGGGCGACCUGCGCCGCCUGGUGGGCCACUUCACGUGGGCGGCGCUGGUGCGCCGCGAGCUGCCGGCGAUCUUCGACAGCGUCUACCGCUUCGCCGACCGCGCCGACCGCCGCCAGUGGCGGAUGUGGCCCAGCGUCGAGCUCGAGCUGCGCCGCGCGGCCGCCUUGGUCUGCUUCUGCUUCGUGGAUCCGAAGAGGCCGCCGGCGUCGGACAUCUGCGCCGCCGACGCCUCGGGGAGCUCGGGCGUUGACGCCGGCGGGCGCGGCGUCGUGAGCCGGGGCAGCGAGGCGGAGGUGGGGUCCAGCGCCUGGCGUGCCAGGCCGGGCGCUGGAGGAAAGGGGGGCUCCGACUUCCUGGCGGUGACGGCCGCGGACAUCGGCGCCUUCGACGACUGGGGCCUGAAGGUGAAGGGCAGGCGGGUCUCGGCUCAGCGCCACCGCCUCGUCGUACUGUGCGAUAAUUUGUCCGUCGUGCUUGCGCUCGGCAAGGGAAGGUCCUCCUCGCCUCACCUCGUGCGCACCUGCAGAGAGAUGCUUGCGCUCAGCCUCUUGGGAAACUUGGUUGUGGCCGUGAGAUGGAUUCCUUCGGAGCUCAACCAGUCCGACAGGCCGUCUCGGCUCAAGUCCGCGAUCGCCAACGACGCCCGCCUCGACCCGCGCAGUGCCUGGUGCGAUGCUGAGGCGGCUGCCCGCUGGGCCGCCGAGCGCCAGGGCCAGGCCGUCGACGAGCUCGUCAGGGACGAGGUCGGCGACGUCCACGGGCUGGGGGGGCUUGGGGGCUGCUUCCUCGCGGACCCUGCGCCGGGCGGCCCCCGGGGCUCCGCCUCGACCACCGCCGGCGGCGCGGGCGCUGCCCUCAGCUGGGAGGCCGCGAGGGUGUCCGACAGGCAGGCUCGGACGUGCGCCUCGCUCCACCAGGCCUUCCUGGAGUGGGCCCGCCGCCGGGGCUCUGCCACUCGGACGACGAGCGAGCUCGACAUAGCGCUCGCCCAGUACCUCGACAUGCUGUACUUCGGGGGCUUCAGCCAGUCACGCGGUCAGAAGACCGUCGCGGCCCUGCGCUACUACCGGCCCGAGUGCGAGCUCAACGGGCCUCGCAGCCUCGUGCGCGCGCGGGCCGCGCUGAGCGGCUUCCGCCGCCGAGCGCCCGGUGGGGCGCGCCGGCCGCUGCCCCGCCCGGCCUACCUGGCCAUCCUCGGGGCGGCGCUGCACCUUCGCCUGGAGGAGUUCGCGCUCGCCCUCGUGAUCGCGUGGGGCUGGUUCCUGCGCCUGCCGACCGACAUCGUGGAGAUGGUGGGGGGCAGCCUGGUCGCUCCGAGCCCCUCCGCCGUCGUCCUGGCGCGGGGGCUGCUGCUCUUCCCGUCCGAGGCCGCGCGGCCGAGCAAG